AUGAGAAGCACAAAUAGAGUAGAAUUUGAUGAUUAUUCUAUCGAAACUUUAGAUUAUGAUUUCACUUCUUCAGAAGGCGUAUAGCAGUUUAUGAGAGGUACACAGACUCCUGUAAUAUAGUAUGAAGACGCCUCUACAACUACUAAAUAAGAAGGAAGAUCAGUUAAAAUGCAAGUUAAUGAAAAGAUUAUAAAUGAUUCGUAGAAGGGAAAGGGAGAAGAAAGGGAAGAAAAUUAAGUUGAAUAUAAUUAAAACGAUCUUUAUAGAUUCUUAAAAAGAGUUUACCCAAUGAUUAAUAAUGCCUUAAAUACAAAUAUAAAAGCAUUAGAAUAUUAUUAACCUAAAUGGACAGAUUACAGGAAAGAUAUUGGCUGUAUUUAUAACUUAUCUAAUGCUCUUAAUAAAACAAUAGAGCAAGAGAAUCAGCUUGAAAUCACUGAUAUUAGCUGGAAUUGCACUGGCCUUAUUAUAGCAGCAGCGUAUGGAAAAUUUGAACAUAAAGGUACUUCUAAUGAAAGAUCAUUUGUUUGUGCUUGGAAUCUCUCUAAAAGAAAUUUUGCUGAAAAUAAACCUUCUAUUGUAAUUGAAACUGAGGUUAGCUUGACAUGCAUUUAGUUUCAUCCUACAAAGCCAAAUAUCUUAGCAGGAGGAUCUUUUAAUGGUGAGGUUUUUGUUUGGGAUUUACAAGACGAAGAAGAAAACUUAGUUUGCAAAUCUAAUAUAGAUGAGUAUUUUCAUAGAGAAGCAAUCACGUAAUUGUAAUGGAAUGAAACUUAAAAAUAAGGAUCAUUGUAAGUGCAGCAGUAAUUAUUCUCUUUAAGUACUGAUGGAAAAGUACUUUAAUGGACAGUAAAUUUGGAUAGAGUUCAAAACUAAUAAGAGAAUUCAUUAGCUUACCCUGCCAAAGGAUAUUUUAUGGUCCGUAAGAAAGAGGGUGAAGUAGUAAGUGUUGGAGGUUUAUGCUUUGCUUAGUACUAAGAAGAUAAAAAUAACUUCAUAGUAGGUUCUGAAGCUGGCUCAGUUGUGCGUGCUCAAAUAGAUUUAAGUUAGAGACCAGUCUAAGAGCAAUAAUCAGUUUCUCAAAAGUUAACUUGGAAACCAAGCACUUUUCCUUUUAUGAUGAAUAUUGUAAGUAAAAAUUUAAUGGAAAUUAAAAUGGGAGUUGAGUAAUAUUGUGGUGCUAAAGGAAUAAGAGAAAUAUAGUUAGAUCAUAUAUUUAAUUCAAAACCAGAAGUGUCCAAAUUGUAUCCUAAUCCAGUUAAAUCUGCAUAUGAACCUCAUUUAGGUCCGGUUUAUUCAAUUAGUUUUUCUCCUUUUUAUAAAAGCCUGUUCAUAACAUCUUCCCUCGAUGGUUCAGUUAAACUAUUCGAUUUCUUUGCAUCAAAAUCAAUCUACAGUGUAGAAAAUUUUGGAAAUUAUAUCUUCAGAUCUGAAUGGUCUCCAAAACGUCCAAGUGUAUUUGGUGCUUGCAUGUCAAAUGGUGAAGUUAUUUUUUAUGAUCUUAUAGAUAACAAAAUAUCACCUAUAAAUAUAAUUGAGCCUAAAGGAAUGGAAAUAGGUACCUAGGCUCUUUAACUUAAGUUUAAUAACAAACAAACAGAUUUAGUUGCUGUUACUUAUUCAAAAUGCCAAAUAAAAAUAUAUUAGUUAUGUGAUAACCUAAUAACUCCUAAAAAAGAUGAGCUAUCUAAUUUUAUAAAAUUAAUUGAAGAAAUGAAAAAGCAAUGA